GAGGAACAAAUAUUUCUUACAUGUUGAUACUUUCACUGUCCACACUGUAGGAGUCUGACAGGCAGACACGGCAACACUAAAAGAAGAUACGCAACUCAAAAGGAAAUCAAGAUCUACCACGAUGGACCAGGAGAACUUUGAAAGGAUUCGGGCUGUAGAGAACUCCUUUCGCCCGCCUGGGAAGCCCCUGGCAAACCCGGGUCGAGUCCUGGUUGGAGAGGGCAGGUUGAUGAAGCUGUGUCGCCACCGGCCAAUGCCCAGAGUCUUCUUCCUGUUCAACGAUGUGCUAGUGUACGGCAGCAUCAUACUAAACGGCCGCUGGAACAAGAGGCAGCAGAUCAUCCCCCUAGAGGACAUUGAACUGGAGGAUCUGGAGGACGGGCUAUACAUGAAAAACCAGUGGCUGAUCAAGACCCCCCGCAAGUCCUUCUUCGUGUCGGCCACCUCCUCUGAGGAGAAGCAAGCCUGGAUGGAGCACAUCGAGGACUGCCGGACCAAGUGGCUGCAGAAGGCUGGCCGCAAACCCAGCAACGCCUUCGCCGUCACUUGGAUUCCCGACCGGGCGUCCGCCAUAUGCAUGCGCUGCUUUGGCAAGUUUAAUAUCACUCACAGGCGGCACCACUGCCGUUCCUGUGGCUUCGUCGUGUGCAGCCCCUGCUCCAAGGCCCGGGCCGUGCUCCCACACAUCUCCUCCAAGCCCGUCAGAAUCUGCAAGCGGUGUACCCUCAGUCUCCAGGACCAGGGGGUCGGGGAACACCUGCGACCGAGGGGUGACAGUGACGGGACGAACUGCGUCUCUGACGAAGACGAUCAGCUUGCUCCGGAGUAUGAGCCCUCCAGCGAUGAGGAGGAGUGGAUGGAGGAUCGUGCCCCCAGUAACUGUGUAGACUCUCAGCUCCACUCCACUUCAACAUAUGUUUUUCUGAACCCUGAUCAUGAGAGACCAGCAAUGACGUGACUAUGUGCAUGACUGAACUUGAUAACGUAGUGAACAAAAGUGCCCUACCAGAGAUUUGUAUAUAUAAUUUUUUUGUAUCUUAAGAUCAAAGGUCAUGAAGAUGUACCAUAAGAAACCUGUAUAUUUUGAUUGUUUACAUUAUAUCAAACUCUAUCUUCAGUCAUAGCUUAUGGUUGAUGUUACUGUUAUGAGAACUAUUCUAGAUUGAAGUACCUCAUUUACAAAGCUCUUGAUAAUGAUGAAACCCCCUGUUUAUAGUGUAUAAUAAGUUUUUGUUUACAUUUGAAGUACUUUUUUUUACCCAUUAUGGUAUUUAUGGGUUUUACAAUCCUAGCUGCUGUCAGUCUCUUUUUCUAUGUAAUAUUAACAGUAGGUGACAACUAUGAUGAAAACGGUAGAUGUCCUCAUUGAUGAAAUGCACUUUGUUAUAGUAACAACAUAUUAAAAUACAAUUUGACAAAA